AUGGAAAAAGAAGUGAAAACUGAAACAAUCACGCCCGCGUCCCUUAGUGCAGAUGAGGAGGUGGCAGAGGGUCAAUUUGGCAAAGUUGAACUUCAGGCAGAGACUGAGGAUGAGAAUGUCGAGUACAGCUAUGAGUCCAAUCGAUCUCCAUUCCCUGAAGUGAGGGCUGUUGUCCCUGAAACGGAUGACCCCACCAUGCCCGUCAGUACGGUCCGCAUGUGGAUCCUGGGGAUUGUGUUUACAAUGCUGGGAUCUGGAAUUAACCAAUUCUUUUCGCUGCGAUACCCAUCAGUUCACAUCGUUGCGCUUGUCGCAGAGCUUCUGGCCUACCCGAUGGGUGUUUUUCUUGCAAAGACUCUCCCGAUAACCACGAUAUCCCUCGGACCAUUGGGUUCUUUCAUGCUGAACCCAGAUCGACAAUUCAAUAUCAAAGAACAUGCUCUGAUUGUGAUCAUGAGCAACGUCUCAUUUGGAUAUGCUUCGGCCGACGCGACAAACAUUAUUCAAGCUUCCAGUGCAGCGUUCUAUGACUUCAACCUGAAGCCUGGCUUCUACGUGAUGAUCGUUCUCUGUGCCCAGUUACUUGGCUUUGGAGUUGCUGGCCUCACUGCUCCAUGGCUGGUCGAGCCUGCUCGGAUCAUCUGGCCGGGUGUAUUGUCCAAUUGUGCCAUGCUUGAAACGCUGCAUUCGCGCGCUAACACUGUCGCUAAUGGAUGGCGCAUCUCUCGCUUACGGUUCUUUUUAUACGUCACCGCGGGCGGAUUCGUCUGGUACUUCUUCCCGGGCUUGAUAUUCACUGCCCUAUCAUACUUCACUUGGGUCUGUUGGAUCGCACCCAAGAACGUUAUCGUGAACCAGCUUUUUGGAAUGCAGACUGGUCUGGGUAUGAGCCCUAUCACAUUCGACUGGAGUCAAAUAGCAUACAACACGAACCCGCUGCUUUCUCCUUCGUGGGCAGCACUUAACGUCUUUGCUGGGUUUGCCGUGUUCUUUUGGAUCGUCACUCCAGUUCUCUACUACAAGAAUACCUGGUUCACAGCAUACCUCCCGCUCAUGACCUCUGAUGUCUACGACCGAACAGGCGCAGUCUACGACACAGCUCGCGUUAUCUCCUCCAGUAAUACCCUGGACGUCGAAGCCUAUCGCAAAUACUCACCCCCCUACCUCGGCGCAACCUUUGCCUUCGUAUACGGUCUCUCCUUCGCAUCAAUCACCGCCGUUCUAUCGCAUAUCGGAAUCUGGCACGCCCGUGACAUCUGGGCCGCGAUGAAGGGUCGUAACAGACUCGACAUUCAUGCCCGUCUUGUUCGCGCCUCCUACCGCCGCACACCCUGGUGGUGGUACGCAUCCAUCAUCGUGAUAAUCAUGGCUAUGGCUAUCGCUAUGGUCGAAGUCUACCACACCAAGCUCCCUGUCUAUGGUGUCUUCCUUGGCUUGAUCAUCCCUGCGAUCUACAUGGUUCCCUGUGGCAUCGUGCAGGGCAUCACGAACGUCGACGCAAACCAGCUUAACGUCCUCGCCGAGUUCAUGGGUGGAUACCUCUUUGAAGGCAAGCCGCUGGCAAAUAUGAUUUUCAAAAUCUUGUCAACGGACGUCGUUGGACAGGGCGUUUAUUUCGCCAUGGAUAUGAAACUCGCGCAUUAUCUUAAGGUGCCUCCGCGGACUACGUUCUUUGCUCAGGGUAUCGCUACCAUCCUCGGUGCCCUAACCCAGGCUGGCGUGACGAUUUGGAUGCUAGGCAAUAUCGAUGGAAUCUGUGAGACGGAUCAGAAGGAUGGGUUCACUUGUCCCAAUGGCCGGACAGUGUACUCUUCAUCAGUGAUCUGGGGUCUUGUUGGACCCCGUCGUCUGUAUUCCAUUGGCCAGAUAUAUUCGUCGCUUUUGCAUUUCUUCUGGAUUGGACUUAUCGCCCCAUUUAUCACUUAUUUCCUAUAUCGCUGGACAAAAAACCGCUUUUGGAAGAUGAUCAACUGGCCUUUGAUCUUUGUGGGAACUUAUAAUGUCCCACCGGCGACUGGAAUCAACUAUUCCAGCUGGGCACUCGUCAACUUCGUCUUCAAUCACAUUUUACGCCGCCGCUUCUUUUCUUGGUGGACCAAAUAUAACUAUAUCCUGGCUGCUGCGCUCGACACCGGUCUUGCACUCAGCGGCAUUGUAAUCUUCUUCUGCAUCUCGUACCCCGGUGCUACGUUCCCUGAUUGGUGGGGAAAUACGGUUUACUUGAAUACUGCGGAUGCAGAGGGUGUUUCAUGGCUGAAGAUGCCGUCGGUUGGAUAUUUCGGUCCUGCUAAUGGGACGUGGACUUAA